GAAAAACUAACCCUAUACACCCAUUUUAGCCGUCUUCUAGAUCCUUCCCAGGCCUCACUUGUUGGAGUUGGAACCAGGGUUUCUUUUCUUUCUUCUCUUCUCUAGAUCCUUCCAAAUCCAACAAUUCCUAUAUAUUACAACAAAAUUCACAAAAACCUCACCCCCACAACACUAUCAUUAUUACAUUACUACCCCUGUUUGAUUCAAUUUCACAUUCCCAAUUUCAAUGGCAAAAUACGGCGAAGGUGACAAACGUUGGAUCGUAGAAGACAGACCCGACGGCACAAACGUCCACAACUGGCACUGGUCCGAAACCAAUUGUCUAGAAUGGUCUAGAACCUUCUUCAACAAACUAUUCAACAACCUCAAAAUCCUCGACGGCGAAGGUAAUUUCCACGCCACCGUCAAGAAAGUCGAGAAGCUCGACGGCGAGGCCUACGUUAACGUCCGUAAGGGGAAGAUCAUUCCGGGAUACGAAAUCAGCGCGGUGAUUUCAUGGGAAGGUGAAGCGAGGGAUUCCGACGGGAAGAUCUUGCAUAAGGUCACCGGGAGUUUCGAGAUUCCGUAUAUUUCCGAUGAGAAUGCUGAUGAGGAUCCUGAGGUUAGGGUUAGUGUGAAAGAUGAAGGAGUGAUUGGGAAGAGUUUGAGGGAAGCUGUUAUUGUGAAAGGGAAACCGUUGAUUUUGGAGAAGGUUAGGGUUUGGGUUGAGAGUAUGUCGAAAGGUGGACCUGUUAAAGAUGAACUUGAGAGUAAGAAAGUUGCUCCGCCGCAAAGGAGUAAUUCGGUUGUUGCGGCCGCGGCGAAGAAGAAAGAGGCGGCGGAGGUUGUUGCAGUUGCGAAGAAGGUGAAGAAGGGGUGUAAAACGAUUAGUUUGAAUGAGAAGUUUAAUUGUAGGGCGAAGGAUUUGUUUGAGAUAUUGAUGGAUGAGAAUAGAUGGAAGGGUUUUACGCAGAGUAAUGCAACGAUUAGUAAGGAGGUUGGUGGUGAGUUUAGUAUCUUUGAUGGGUCUGUGACAGGGGAGAAUUUGGAAUUGCAGGAAGGGAAGUUGAUUGUUCAGAGAUGGAGAUUUGGGAGCUGGCAUGAUGGGAAGCAUUCAAUGGUGAGACUUGUGUUUGAGGAGCCUGAAUCUGGUGUUACAGUUGUGAAGCUAACACACACGGAGGUGCCAGAAGAAGACAGAUAUGGGAAUGCGACUGUGGUGGAGAAUACAGAGAGGGGAUGGAGGGAUCUCAUUUUCCAGAGGAUUCGAUCUGUGUUUGGUUUUGGAAUGUGAGACUUCCUUGACGGUCUGUGUUGUAGAAUUUGAUUUUAGUUUUCUUUUUUACAUGGGUAGAUCAUUGGAACAUUUUAUUGUGGAAGACAAAGUGUCUUUUGCAAUGAUUUCUGUUGCUUACUUAUUCUUGGUUUCAGAAAUUGUCCCUUGUUUAUUACCAUGGAUGGUGAUGUCAUCGAUUUUUUUUACUUGUUAUAGUUAUGAGUAUCCUUGGUGACAACAUUAACUCGUUUUACAAUGUAAAACAGUUGAAAUUUCAAUUUAAGUUGAAUCACACCUGUCUUUAUGAA